CAGACCUCCAUAUGAUAGCUCAAAAACGAUGUCGUGUUAAGAUUAAUUCGGUUGAUCGACCUUGUUAACACAGUCCAUUUGCUUCCACCUGUCCGGAAUUAUAGGUAUAAGAGGUUUCAAGACAGGAAUAGUUAUGCAACAGUGACUGUCAGAAGAAAGUAAUCGUCAAUACUUGCUCUGUAUCGGCAUUUACAGUAGGCCAAUGUUAUAUGACAAUAUUGUUUUGACUCAGCUGCAGUCUGUUCUGUCCCUUGUGGAAUUAUACAAAUUGCAUUUCUCGUGAGAAUAGUUGUCACCUUGUUAUUAUUACUUAAUGGUUUAUGAAGUGUGUAUUGUGCAUUAUUUUUAAACCAUAUAUCUCUGCAAGUUCCUCAGCUGUACAUACUUUAAAAUUUCAGUAUGAAGGCUGUGUAUGUAGGUUUAAGAUGCUUACAUUAACUCAUCUUCCAUAAAUGUAAUAGGAUGGAAAAUGUGUUUCAUUUAUCAGAAUCGAAACAUGCAUGGGAAAAUUGCAGCUUUUGCACCAAUGUAGACUUCAAGGUGCAGCAAGAUUUCAUUCGCCAUCUUCGUGACAGGCACUGCUCAAGAGAAGGAGGUUCAUAUGUUUGUCGCUAUGGGUACAAUGGAGUGUGCUCCUCAUUGCCUGUUGAAGGCGUGAGUGAUGAAGAUUAUGAGGAUCAUGUGUACAAGCAUCAUGUCUUCCCACACCAGUAUGCUAUUAAAGCCACAAGAGGCAACCUCAGGAACUUGAUGAACCAUCAGAUGUCAGAGAAGCCUAAUGUUGUAGCUGUAGAAAAGCAAUGGUCUUUGUACUCUGCAGCACAGAAUCUCCCUGCACUUCUCAAUGAUCCAAACAGGGGCAAGCAGAGGGAUUUCUUCACAAAGACAUGGGGUGAUAGUUUUGUUGAGAAGAUUGACAUUCCAAAAGCACAUUAUUUGCCUGAUAUCAGCCAUGCUCAUUUUGAAUCUUAUCUCCGUAAGAUUGCCAGAAGAUACCAUAAACAUGUUCGAAUGAAUGCUGUUACACCUAAACAAAGCCCUCACAAUGAACUGUUGCAGCAUUUUCCAAGAGUGAAAGCAGCCAGAUCAUUAGUUGUGAUCCCAGAGAGAGGUCAGUUUGAUAUUAGUUGUAUCCCUAAAAUCUUCCUGCAAGCAAAUUUGGAUCUCAGCCAUGUAGAUACUUUCAAAGCUGUAUACCAAUUCUCAAAAGAUCCUCAGUCACCAGUUUCAAAUGAUGGUGUUCGGAGUUCACAGCGUUCAGAGAAACUGUUACAGGAGAAGCUGUCUCAUUACCUGGAUAUUGUGGAAGUACAAAUUGCUCAGCAAGUUGCGCAGAAAUCAGAGGCUUUCUUCCAUGCAAUGACUUCACAUGAUGCACUUAUGGAACAGUUAACACAAACAGUUACUGUUGUCAAAGCACUUAGAGAUAAAAUUCAUCAUAUUGAUAAUUCAUUAGUAAGAGACUCACUGAAUAUUUUGAGGUUGGAGAGAAUGCGCCGUAACUAUCUUUUAAUGCAUGAUAAGAUCAAACUUAUGUCUACAGUGCACCAAACACAAACAAUGAUACAAUCACUGUUAUCUACACCUGACUAUGUAGCAGCUCUGGAUCUCAUCUCCACAACACAAGAAAUCCUAGUGCAGGAGCUGGCAGGAGUUCACAGCUUCAGACAUCUGAGCUCUCAGCUACUGGAGAUGGAACGUCUGAUAGAUAAAAUGUUGAGCACAGAGUUUGAGCGCUAUGCUACAGCAGAUCUCAAUAGGCCACUAGAUUCAGAUCAGCAGAUAUUGGAUGGGGAUAAGCUGGUGUCGAUAAUAUUUGGGAUGUUGCGUCAGAAUCAUUUCGAUUUCAUUGACAUGUACAAGGAUGAAGCAUUCACAGCAAUAAAAGCAGUUAUGAAGCAGAUGGUGAUAGAAGUUAUAGCAGCAAGUGAUACGGGAGAUUCAGAACUGGCUCUAACUGGACUGGGUGAUCAGUUACAGGUGCUCGAAUUACAUGAUUUGCUCCAUCUGCUUGAGAAUGCAACUUCCACAUUGAUGUGUCUUGUACAUCGAGUCAAAGCUCUUCAUGAUGUCAUGCGACAAGCUGCAGAUGUAAGUGCAGGGAAAACCCAUGAAUCAAAUGGAAACUCGGCAAGCGGCAGUGAUGUUCCUUCACAUAUUCAUGUGCCUGUUGUGUUAGAUCCACCAGACAUUUUCCUGUCUGCAGAGGACCAUGAACGUGUCAUAGGAAAGCUACAUAAUUUACUGACAUCUGUCUGUGACUAUGCUCAUGAGCGUGUGGCUCAGCUGUUAUCAGCACCAUCACAUGCUCAAGCCAAUGAGCAACGAGAUAAGAAUAACCCUUCCCAAAUACAGGUUCGAAGUGGAGAGAAGCAAAGUCAAGCACAAAAUACUGCAUCACAUAGCUCAUAUUGGUUGGUGGAUAAGGCAGCCGCAUCCCAGAUUUGCGAUCUUGCCCAUGUGAUUGAUGACUUCACAGAGCAAUGUGAGAAAGUCAGCGGCAAAACCAGUACAGCCCUUAGAUCUGUUUUCAAAGUUCAGGCUAGCAAAUUCGUACAGCGUUUUCAUCAGGACCGAAAGACAAAAUUAAGUCUUAUUCUAGAUAGUGAACGAUGGAAGCAAGCUGAUGUUCCUGCAGAAUUUCAGCGCCUUGUUACUCAUAUAAGUGACACCGGAAAAUUCAUGCAGACAAAACGUGAAACUGAUUCUGAAAUUGAUGACAGGAAGCCAUCAGAUGUACUGAUAGUUGGUGAAGAAAAAUAUGCUGUUGUAGGUACAGUGCUACUACUGCUGAAGAUGGUGGCUGAGUACUGUGUUUGUGCAACAGAUUUGUCUGUCAUGGCACCCAAUUUGUGUCGCCACCUGGCAGAACUGUUACAGCUGUUCAACUCCCGCUGUUGCCAGCUUGUGCUAGGAGCUGGGGCACUUCAUGUUGCAGGGCUGAAAACAAUUACUACCACUAAUUUGGCCCUGGCAUCCAGAGCUCUGCAACUCUUGCUGUGGCUAGUCCCCCAUGUUAGGGAUCAUUUUCAAGAGAUGUUUGAAACGCAUCAAACACAGCAGCUUCCAUAUCGUAAUAUCAGUGGUGUCAACCAUUUUGAUGGUGUUGAAAAGGAUGUCAACAGUCAUGUGCAUGAGAUAGAAAGCAAAGUGUUAUCCAUCAUCAGCAACCUUAUAACUAUGCAACUGAACCAGUGGGACGCUCGACCUCCGGUUCCAUCGCAAGCAUUUCGUAACAUAUCCAGGCAUCUGACAAAAUUGCAUGAAGCUGUUUCCAAUAUUCUGCCAGAGACUCAAGUUCAAGACCUCUACAGGACAGUAAAUAAAACAUUCAAGGAUAAAUUGAGAGACCAGUUGAUGAAGAUGAAUGUGGUGAAUAAUGGUGGGCCACAGCAUGGGAUUGUGACAUCUGAAUUAACAUUUUAUUUGACGACCCUGAAAACUCUUCAUGCUCUUCCAUUGGACGAACUUGCAGACAACGCUAUGGAUGAUAUCUGGAUCUCAAGAUAACGGCAGCAGAGCUUAAACUAAAGGUUCUAAAGGAACAAUAAUAAAAUAUAUACAGCAUUCCACAGGUUUUCUUUUUAAUAGUUUCUUCUAAUGCGUGACAGACAGUGAAUUGACACUGACUUUGUUAGUUACCACUGUACCAGUUCAUAUCAUAUUAGUGCUAUGAUUACGUGAAAGAUCCUGCAUCUCAUGUAUCUCAUAUCACCACCAUGAUACAUUGGUCAUACUGCUUUAUAUUUUAAGUGUUAAUUUUACGGCUAUUUUCAGUAGAUGGUAAAAUGCCCCAGCUGGAAUGAAGUGUGCAUGUGAAAGAUAAAAACGUUUUAGUACAGUUUGAUAACUACUAACUCUGUUAAGCAGAAUCUUUCCUGAGAAGCUAAUAAUUGCACAGCUAGUCAAGAAAUGCCCCAGAGGAUUAUGACAGUUGAUUACUGUGUUUACUGUUUCUUAUCCUGAGCCAGAUGAAUCCAUUCCAUGUAAGAGUUACUUAAAUAGUUGAGAUCUGAGUCUGCUUACAGUAUGUUAUUAAUAUAAACCAGGAUCCAGUCUUGAAAAUUGUAACGUACCAAAAUAAUGGGCACUGUAUGUAACUUUCUCCCAUACCUCUCAAGUGAUUUCCAUCACCCUGCAUUCCUAUCCAGAAAUUAUUUAUGCAGGCCCUAAGUAUGAACAGAAAUGACAAAAUCAGAACAUGUUACCUGAUCUAUAUGAGACAAAAGUGAAAUGAUGGAUAAAUGGGGAUUUCCUGUGCAUGUUUUAUGGUAAAGCCAUCCCUGUAACAGGCCAUGAAGGCCCAUUGGGCUGAAACAGGCCAAGGCUCCCACAUAUUCUAGACA